AUGUUCUUCUCACUUGCGAAAUUUGCCACGCCACGACCAGAUCGCCGUCCGCUUUACCGCCGAAUCUUCACUAAUCGCAGACUUGACCGACUACAUCGAUGUGAGUUGAAAUUUAUUCAGUUUGCUGUUUUCGUCUCGGAUUUCUGACCAAUAUUGUUUUAGAUACUGUUAGAGGAAUCGUCGGGUUUAUUUUGUUCAGCACAUCGUUUUGUUUGGUAAACGGAGUGAUCUAUUAUUGGUACGUGAGGCCGGUGAAGCAAGAGGAGCAGCAGUUGUUGGAACGAGAGCUAAUCGAGGCAGAUCUAGCCGGGUUCGACGUGCGGGCGAAGCAUUAGUAUAGUAAGUUCAUUUUCUUUGCUUUUAUUUGGCUUUUAGGUAAAAUCCGAGGUUUUAAAGCUAUAUUUUUCUCUGAUUGCUGUUCUGGCAUACAUUUCGUAGAUAAAAACCAACUUUUUAAAUCCAAUUUAUAUUAUCCGUGACGGAGGAUUCAUUUUUAUUCCAUUUUCCUCCAAAUUGCCAUUAUUUCACUUUCAGCAGGUCAUUUACAAUAAAAUAUUUGGAUCUUCAUCCUAUUCAUCGUCCAUUUUUAUUCCAUCCCACUCGUUUUGCGCCUCUUUUCCUCUUCAACAACUCCAAGUCUCCAGCGACAUGAAUGUCGCAGCGAAAGUCUUCUCCGAGGUCGGGCGAACCUUUCCUCGACUCUUUCUCUUCGGUAUCUCCGCUGGCGCCGGCUUCGAGCUGUUCAAAAUCUACUUCGCACCCAAAGGCAUCUCCUACUACAAGGUCUUCAAAAAGAACAAUCUGCACCGAGAACUGGAGAAGUAUGAGAAUGAGCUGAGGGCGACGGAAUUGACGCUUAUUGAGUUCGCCCAGUCCAAAGGGAUCAAAGUGAACGAUGGGGCGGAGUAG